AUGUUGCCCCUACACAGGAACGGCAAGAGGAAGAACCCCCUCAAUGUAAUGAGUUUCUUUGGUGGAGUCUAUUCAAAGGGGAUCUCGCACAAUGGAAAGGUUGUGGAUGUCACUAAAGCAGAAAAGGGGGAAAAACUGCCCUAUGUACUUAAUGCACAAGGGUGGAGUCCCCCCAUGGGUGAAAUUCAAUACGUACAAUGUGCAGAGUACGAAGAUGAUGUAACGUCCUUGGGGUGUCUAAGCUGGUAUAUAAAUAGGUCUCCCAAGCAAAGGGUAGCGAUUAACGCAGGCGUGUUAAUCGCAUUUGCUUCAGCAACGUAUGCAACAUAUCACACUGUUCAUAAUGUGAAGAUCGUGUGCUUAGUGGGGCUAUCUUUGUAUAGUGCCUUUUUCCUCCUAUUAGCCCUGCACAUGUUGAGCUCCGUGUUGAAGGAUGAGUAUGAGGCAUACAGCAGCGUGCAGGGGGGCGACGGUGGGACGAUUCACCAGAUGCGUUCCAUGGGCGCGCAGCAUAUGGGGCCUCCACAUAAGAAGAGCGAAAGGGUGCAACCGAAUAAUGGGGACAGACGACGGGAGGGGCAGGUGGAGGUGGUCCACGACGCUGCUUCGCAUGACGCGACUUUGCAUGACGCGGUGGAGCGUACCCUGGAAGCGCCGCACGAUGGAUACGAAGUGCUCUCCCUGGAAGACAUAGCAAAGCCGAUAAAGGAGGGAGCAGAAGGAUUUUUCGCAGUGCAGUACAAUUCCAUUUUUAAAAUAUCUCUAGCUUGUACGACACUUCUACUCUUCUUAUACAUUUGGAGAGGAGAUUACACAAAGUUGCCCCGAGAAAAAAACGACGUGGUAGAGGGUAGUAGUACUACUACUGCUGCACAGAAGUACAUAAUCAUAUCCCCGUUUGCAUAUAGCAUAAUAACGUCCAUUUCAUUUUUACUAGGAGCUGCAUGCAGCUCUUUAGCUGCCUACAACGGUAUUUAUGUAGCUGUGCGGGCAAAUGUCCGUGUGGCUAAAGCCUCGACCUAUUCGUAUAAGACAGCGCUGAUGACCUGUUUUAGGAGCGGAGCAAUAAGUGCCAUUGUGAAUGUGGCAUUAGCUAUCUUUGGUAUUUGCUCUUUAUUAGUGUUAAUAAAUAUUUUAUAUCCUUCCUUGUCCUUUACCAAAUAUCCCUUACUCAUUGUUGGUUAUGGGUUCGGAGCUUCGUUAGUGGCCAUGCUGUAUCAGCUAGCUGGAGGCAUUUAUACAAAAGCAGCUGAUAUAGGUGCUGACUUAGUGGGCAAGGUAGAAAAACAUAUUCCAGAGGAUGAUGCAAGGAACCCAGCAGUGAUUGCAGAUUUGGUUGGAGACAACGUAGGGGACUGUGCAGGGCAGUGUGCAGAUCUGUUUGAAUCCAUAUCGGCGGAAAUUAUUGCAUCUAUGAUUUUAGGAGGAACCUUAUGUGAACAUGGAAUCAUUUCUGAGAAAAGAGCUAGCUAUUUUGUUCUCUUCCCCUUAUUUGUACACUCGAUGGAUUUGUUGGUGUCUACCAUUGGGGUGUACCUUGUUAGGACCAGCAGCGAUUACACAACCACCCCAGUGGGUAUGAAGAAGCAUGAGAAUAGUAAGGGAUACGUGGGACAGGGCCAGUGCACUCAUCCUAGUAGUGCAUCCUACAGUGGGACAAUGGAGAAUGGUGCAAAUUUGAACGUAGGUAGCGCAAAUGGAGAUACAGCCUUGUCGGCCCUCAGCGGGGACCAUUACAAUGAUCAUGAAUUAGACAUGAUAGAAGAACAUUUAGAGAACCCAUUAAAGGUCAUGUUAAGAGCUUAUAUUGUUACUUGCGUGCUAGCCAUGGGUGUUUUUUUUUUUUUUUGUAAAAUGUUAUUUGUUUUGGGGGAAGAUUGCUCAAAUGAUUAUUCAUGGGUUUACCUAUCCCUAUGUGGAUUGGUUGGUAUGGUGUGCUCAUACCUGUUUGUCAUUUUGACCAGAUACUACACCGAUUACUCCUACCCCAAGGUGAGAAAGAUAGCUCAUGCAUCUUUAGGUGGUCCAGCUACUAACAUAAUAACAGGUCUGUAUGUAGGUAUGGAAUCUACUUUCCUCCCUACAAUCGUCAUUUCCGUAUCCUUAUUGGCUUCCUACUACCUAGGGUUAGCAAGCAACUUGACUGGAGAUGGUCGUGCGAUAAAUGGACUCUACGGCACAUCAGUAGCUACCAUGGGAAUGCUCUCCACAGCAGUUUUCAUUUUAAGCAUGUCCAAUUUUGGACCCAUAGCAGACAAUGCAGGUGGAAUUGUGGAAAUGUCAAAUCAGCCUGAGCGGGUUCGAUUCAUAACUGAUAAAUUAGAUGCAGUAGGAAAUGUAACCAAGGCAAAUACAAAAGGGUACAGUGUUGGUUCUGCUGCUCUGGCAUGUUUUUUACUUUUUUCUGCUUUCCUUAGUGAAGUUUCUCUUCAUGCGAAGACACCUUUUACUACUGUAGAUAUUGCUUUGCCAGAAGUAUUCAUUGGGGGGAUUCUAGGAUCCGUUGUAGUGUUCCUUUUCGCUAGCUGGUCCUUAGAUGCAGUUGGAAAUACAGCCGAAGAAGUUCUCAAAGAAGUACGCAGACAAUUUAAUGACCACCCUGGAAUUCUCACCUAUAAUGAAAAGCCAGAUUAUCACACCUGCGUUUCAAUUAUUAGUAGGAAGGCACUGAUGGAGACCAUUAAGCCGGGGCUACUAGCAUUAUUUGCACCCAUCAUCAUUGGGUUGCUUUUUAAGCAAAUUGGCAAAUUCAGAAAUAAUGAUUUGCUAGGGGCACAAGUCAUUGCUUCAUUCAUUAUGUUCUCCACCUCUACGGGUAUUUUGAUGGCCCUUUUCCUCAACAACGCCGGGGGUGCGUGGGACAAUGCAAAGAAGUACAUCGAGUCCGGUUUUUACGGCGGGAAGAACAGCCCCGCGCACGUCGCCAGCGUGAUUGGCGACACGGUGGGGGACCCCUGCAAGGACACCGCGGGCCCCUCCAUCCAUGUGCUCAUCAAGUUGAUUUCGACCAUCACCAUGGUGAUGACCCCCCUGAUUGCGUCCUCCGCGGAGAAGUAG